AUGGAUUUCAAAAGUCCUUCAGCCACAGCAGUUCCCCUGGUGCUCAGCCUGCUGUCAAUUGCGUUUGUUUCAGCCCAAGAGAUCAACAGCAGUUCUCCAAUACCAGCGCUAACUGAUAGUCCUCCAGGAUCGUCCUCCUCUCCGCCGCCUCCACCACCUCCUGUCCCAGUUCUGUCCUGCCUUGGUGAUGCUAUACGGUUGAGCAUCUGCGCUCCAGCUCUCACUUUGCUGAGAAAUAUUGGAAGGCCUCCAAUCUUACCUUGCUGCAUCCUUAUCGAGAAACUCUCCAAUCAAGAGGCCUAUGUAUGCCUCUGCUUCGCUGCCAACUCCAGGUUCCUCGGCCUAAGACUCAGUGUUCCAGACGAUGUUGUCGUCCUGCUUGACUUCUGCGGUAGGCCGGUGCCUUCCAACUUACGGUGUGCUUGAUUAUGUGUAGAAUGAGCUAUAUCUCCUUUGAGGAGGAUACAUAUUUAGUUAUUUCUAUAUCUGCAAAGAAAAGUAUUUGUUGUAUUGACAAUUCAAUUUCUGUGUUAAUCUGAGUGUAUGUGGACUGCCGUUUGCGUUUUUCGGUUUUUCCACUUACCAGUCAUUAGUUCGUGGUAGGAAGGUAAGGGAUUCAACAGGGAUUCAACAAAUCCGUUUCCGAAUCAUAACAAAGGCGUCGUCUUAAAUUAAGCCUGUUGUGACUGUGUCACAGUGCGUCAGUUAUAUGUUAAAUUGGUCUUCUUGACAAAACCUCCCCCCCUGUUGUUGAACAGCAGUUCACCUUCACUAGACACCGUAUCCCUACCCCCAUCUUAUCCAUUCCUGCUCCUCCAUCCCAACCACUGCCAUCUGCUGGAAUACCUGUCUACCCAGCUCUGACGUUGAGCGUCUACACUGCUUGUAUGACCUAUGCCAAGAACUAAGGCCUCCACGCCUAUUCAUGCUCCUACAAAAGGGAUGUCAGACCCUUUUUCUCUGUUUCUGUAAAUCUGAUUGGAACCGAGAUAGCCUUUGAGUAUCGGUAACUUCAUCGUAUUUUGAGUGAAACACAGUUUACUUGCCGUUUUCGUAAACGGUUCUUGUCAUUUAAUGCGCAUCACGAAAUUGCUCAGAGCUAGAGCGUUGGGGAGUCCUGAGAACUGGUUAUGAAUUGAAGUCCUGAUUUCUUUUAUAUAAGGUACAGAAAUCUUAGAGACAUUUGUUAUUGCAAUGUUUUUGGUUAUCAUUCGGUGAGAGUAAAGCUAGUAUUAUUUGUCCAAAGUGGCUUGGAAUCCGAAACUGAAUACAUAUAGGAAAUCUUACAUGACAUAAAAUCAGAGCACCACGCAUCUGUGUUGAACCUUAUAAUUCAACCAGCAUUUGUCUUUACGUUAUCAUCUUGGGAUUCACUACCAUACUGUUGGCAAUCUAAGCCACGAACUACUGGAUUCAAUGGAUCAAGAUGGCGUCAGGAGAGAGAUUUUUGAGAGAACUUCCCAAGAAAAUAUGGUAUCUUUUGCCGUCUGGAGAUUCUCAUCAUAUUUCUUGAAGCUCAUUUAUGUCUCAAAUCAUGGUGAUGACUUACAGCGUUACCAGCUUCGCUGGUAAUCCUCAAGUCUAUUAUCUACUAAAGACUCUAUCACACAAAUUGAAAGAAUGUGAUACUGAGGGUGAGGAAUCGAAUGCCAGUAAUCAUCAUUGUAAACUUUCGAAUGUCAAGUCCACGUAUCACCUAACUAUGCAUUUGGUUUAGUUUAUAAUUGUUAAUGUCAAAUAUAUUCUGGCAAUUGUUUCCACUACACGCCGCCGGAAAUUCUUUGGCUGAAUACAUUUUUUUUCAUCUCACAAUAAUGAUAACAUUCUCCACGCUACCUACCAGAGAAAAAUCGUCUUUUACCAUAA